AUUUUGGCGCAUGCGCGUGGGACGGAGAGAGAAGGGAGAUGGCGGCGCCGGGUCUCCCGACGCCGCUGCACGGACAUGUGGGCCGGGGCGCCUUCAGCAAUGUGUACGAGCCGGCGGAGGAUACGUUCCUGCUGCUGGACGCGCUCGAGGCGGCAGCGGCCGAGCUCAUGGGAGUGGAAAUAUGCCUUGAAGUAGGGUCAGGGUCUGGAGUGGUAUCUGCAUUCCUAGCCUCUCUGAUAGGUCCUCAGGCCUUGUACAUGUGCACUGAUAUCAACCCUGAGGCAGCAGCUUGUACUCUGGAGACAGCACACUGUAACAAAGUCCACAUUCAGCCAGUGAUUACAGACUUGGUCAAAGGCUUGCUACCAAGAUUGAAGGAAAAAGUUGAUCUUCUGGUGUUUAAUCCUCCCUAUGUAGUGACUCCACCUGAAGAGGUGGGAAGUCACGGAGUAGAGGCUGCUUGGGCCGGUGGCAGAAAUGGUCGAGAAGUCAUGGACAGGUUCUUCCCACUGGCUGCAGAUCUUCUGUCACCAAGAGGAUUAUUCUAUUUAGUUACCAUUAAAGAAAAUAAUCCAGAAGAAAUUUUGAAAACAAUGACAACAAAGGGUCUACAAGGGACUGUGGCACUUUCCAGGCAAGCAGGCCGAGAAGCCCUCUCAGUCCUGAAGUUCACCAAGUGCCGUGUAUUGUGCUGAAUGUGCGUAUAUUGAUAAUAUAGAUGAUGUUGAAUGUAUGUAUGAAUAUAUGGAGAGAGAGAAGCGGAAUAUAUUCAGCAUGUUGUGAAACUGAAGUCAUUUCUUGGUUAACAAGCAUAGCAUUGUCAGGUUAUAUAGAAGAAGGUAGAAGGAUAUAGCAUUCCCUUUUACCCAGGUAUCAAGUCUAUGGAAAUUUUUGCAUAAGUGCAAGUAAAUGCGUAUCCGAGAUAUA